UGCUUUUCCGCUCUGCUUUCACCUUUCUCCCCGAGUGGGCUAUGGUGGUUGCGUGUGUGUGUGGACCCGCGCGCCUCACUCGUUCCCGAGUCACUUCAUUUUCGGACUGAGUCGUGACUCGGCCCCGAGACAUCAUCAUCACACCUCCUCGGUAUUGCAUAAAUUCCAGAAUGGGUCUUUCUCCGAAGUCCGAGGUCGAUGAGCUUUAACUACCUUUAGCCGCGGAUUCUUCUCUGAAUUUUGCGCUUCCGUUCGCACUCCUUGCAAUGGCGGAAACCCACAAAGCAGCCACCGAAGGGAUUCCGGGAACGCCUGGUAUCAGGGAGGCGAGGCCCGAAACAGGGACUCGAGGGGGUGAUAACCCAAGUCCGGGGAUAAGAAUGGUGAAUUGCAGGGCUGUAAUCGAUACGUCACCACCGUUCGAGUCGGUCAAGGAGGCCGUGACCCGUUUUGGAGGAAGCGGUCCUUGGUUGCCCCUUUACAAGCUCGGGGAGGCUUUUAACCGCAUUGAAGAUUUUGACAUAAAGAAAGUGGAGGAACAAGCCGCGGAGUUGGAGAAGGAUUUGAUAGUGAAAGAACUCGAAACACUUGAUGUGCUCGAAGAACUGGGAGCUACCAAAAAGAUUGUUGAGGAUCUAAAGCAGCAGCUUAAAAAAGAAGCAAUGAAAUGCUUUGCACCUCCUGAUGUUCAUACAUGUGAACAGGCUGGAAAUCCUAUUGCAAAGGAGAUGAAUAAGGAAAACAGUGAAAAUACUAUAAACAGCCAAGGACAGGCAUUGCAAAGUUCAGGUCCCUGCCCUAUGUCAUCGGCCGAUUUGAUAUUAAUGGAUAUAAAACAAGCUAAGGUGGAUCUUGGUAAAGCAAUGAAUGAUCUUGGGGUGAUACAAUCUUCUGUGGAAUCUUUGAACAAGAAGAUGAAAAGGGAGAAAAUUUUUCUCAUGAGGACGCGCGAGAAGCUAGCAUCCAAGUUUGCAGCUGUCCCUGCUCAGGAGAGGGCUCAAGAAAAAUCAAAAUUAAAUCCAUCGGCAGCUCAUGCUGAAGCAAAUUCAACUUUCAACAAUCCUGUGAAUAUUACGAGGAGCUUCAAUCCUGAUGCUGAGCGGCAAAAUAGGAUGGUUGAAACAAAGAAUUUUGACAUUUCCAGGUCCUUCCCUCCAGAGGAAGAUAAUGGAUUAAGCAUGAAGACUGCUGAGAUGAGGUGGUUUGCAGCUAAAAAGAUGGAGGAAGCCGCAAGGGCAGCAGAAGCCAUUGCUCUUGCUGAAAUCAAGGCUCUGUCUGGCACUGAAAGGUCACGAGGAACAGGAAUAGCACUGCCAGAACCUCGGAGAGUGACCUUUGAUUUAAGGGAGCAUUCUUCUUUAAAUCCCAAAGCUCAUGAACCUGAAGAGUCAACCUUGAGAAAGGUAAUAGAUUCCCAGUUCCACAUGGAUGAAACAAACAUUUCUAAACUGACUAUUCUGAAUUGGUUGGAGGAAGCUUCGGCAGAAGUUCUACAUAGCAAGCAGGUCUUGACAGAGGCUUUAAACAGAAUUGAAACUGCAAACAGCAAGCAACAUGCUGCUAAAGAGGCUCUGCGGAGAUGGCUUCCUGAUGAUGAACUGAAAGGACAAGUGAUUUACAGCCCUAGUAAGAACAAAAAGCUCAACCAGGGGGGGAAUUAUCGUCACCCGCCCCUUCCAGAUGUAAUGAGGUCAACGACAACGAAAAAUAACGAUCCCAAGCCAGUUUUAAGGUCUACGGUUUCGUUGAGAGAUGUUCUGAGCAGAAGGCCAGUUCCUGAAGAAUAUCCUGCUCGAAGGGAGAUGGAGGAUCAUUCUGUAAGGCAGAAGGUAGCAUUAAGUCAAAUGCUCCGAGCAUUGAGGGAAGAUCUUACUCUUCCUACAGAUGAUAAUACUGAGAAAGAUCGGAACAGUCAAAAGCAUUUUGUAGGACACAGGAAGAAGUUUGGAUUCAUCCAAAUAUCACUCCCCUUGGCUAAGCCAAGUAAGAAAAGGACUUGAACUAAGCUAAUUAAUGCCUUUACACAGAUGAUAGUCACAAUUCAUGUAUAAAUAUUGUGAUGGCUUAUUGGUUAUGUUGUUGCGCUUGCUUUCAUUUUGGUUAAGUAUAGAAGUUCGAGUUGGUGUUUGAUUUUGGAAAGGAUUUUGUGCUGGAGUGAUUGGCUUAAAUUGUGCAACUAGCUUUGACUGUGGAUUUAGAUUUUGUCAUUCUUGUUA